AUGAACAAUCCAAUAGCAGAGAAUGUCCUCGGAACCCUAGGCGCGAUCUUCAUAAAUCACAAACGGCACAACACAGAGGGCCUCCAACCUUCAAUGAUGCUCCUCUGGGCCGCAGCAGGUGUACCUCUAGGUGUAUACAACAUCGUCGAAGAAUUUAAUAUCGCUCUCCGAAUCCAACCACAAAUACUCACUAUCUUGAGUUUGAUCACUUGGGCCCAGUGUUUGUAUUACGGGAAGAAAUUCCCGAUAACGAAAUGCAUAACAUUUGUCCUUUCACUUCUCUCUAUCUUUGGGGGAUUCGAAACAGGACUAAUCCUGGGAUUGAAAGAAGCCAAGACUCAUGACAUUAGAUGGCCGAUUAUGCUCAUGGCUGUCUUGAGUGCUUCAUUACUCGCUGCAGGUGUAUUGAGGCAUUAUUGGGAUAUUUAUGUGCAUCGCACCGUUAGGGGGAUAAGUUUCUUCUUUGUUGGGAUUGAUGCCGCGGGGGACUUGUUUUCGAUUAUCUCUGUUUUGUUCGGGCCGAAGAUUGACGUCCUUGGUGUGGUAAUUUAUGGGACGGAGUUGGGGCUUUGGAUGGGGAUAUUUGCUUGUGGUGGUGUAUUUAAUCUGGUGCCCUGGGUCAGGGCGAGGUCGAAGAGUGAGGUUGGGAAUGAAGUAGAAUUGGAGAUGGAGCCGGAACUGGUGUCGCUGGACCGGAUGCCAUCGUCUAAUUCGGUGUUUAGGACUGCUUCAGGCUCAGAGGUUGUUGCAAGGCGGGCGUGGCUAAGUUCUUAA